AUGGAUCAAGAAACUCAUAAGGAUGAUAAUUCAGAUAAAGAGGAAUAAUAAGUUGAUGAAUCUAAAAAUACAUAAACUUAAUAGACAGAAAACAAGAAUGAAGAAAAAGAAUUAGAACCUGAAUAAAUUUAAAAUCAAAAUUAGUGUAGUUAAAAUUCACCUGUUAUGUUGUAUGAUUGCAAUCAAAGCACCAGAAAUACAAAUGAUACAACUCCUCUUAAUUAAUCAACCUCUUCAUCAGCCUAUGAACCAGUCUCUUAAACAUAAAAUUUUUAAGAUAGUAUUCAGACUUUAGCAUAAAUUAUCAAUAAUAUUGAUAAUCAAGUAUUAUUAUAAAAAGCCCCUUUGGAAAGUCUUUGCAAUUUAUUGUAGAUUGCAUAGCCAAGUGAAUUUGAUGAUUUGUCAGAUCCUACGAGUAUGAAGGAACUUAUAGAACAAUAAUAUUAAAGGAAAAGAUCUGAUUUAGAAAUGUUAAUUUAUCAUGUUAUGAAAGGAUAUGAUGAGUUAAACUAAAAAGUAAACUUAAAUCAAUUGGAAAAAAUUAUGAGAAUUCUUAAAAGUAAAAAUAAAAGCAUAUAUAUAACAAAAGAUGGGAUUGGUGAACAAGCACUAUAAUGUGUGUGUCAUCAUCAUUAAAUUCAUUAAUAAGAAUAAGAAGAAGAUAAUAUAGAAUAAAAUAUAUAAUAAUAAGAAUAAAAAGAAGAAUAAGAAUAAUUAGAAUAAUAAUAAUAAUAAGAAUAAUAAGAAUAGUAAGAAUAAUAAUAAUAAUUAGAAUAAUAAUCAUAAUUAGAAUAAGAAUAAUAAUCAUAAUUAGAAUAAUAAUAAUAAUUAGAAUAAGUAAGAUAAUAGAAGAAUAUAUUAGAAUAAAAUGAAUAAAUUAAUACUUAAAAUAAUAAAAAUGAAGUAGAAAUACAAACAGAUUAAGUAGAAUAAAAUGAUUAAUAAGUUGAUUAAGAUGAAUAAUUGCUUGGUGAUUUAAUUUAAAAGCAAAAAGAAUAAUUUGAAGAAUUCUAACAAUAAAUAGAAUAAAAUAAAACAGCUCUUUAAUCUUAAGAAGAAGAAAUAGAUUAAUAAAUUUAAUAAGUUGAAAAAUAAGAUGAACAAUAAUAGUUGACUUAAGAAUAAUUAGAAUAAAAUGUUGAACAAUUAAAGCAUUCAAUCUAAAGAAGUAGAGAAUAGAUUGAAAAACUUACAGAAUAAAGAGACAUUCUUCUUGAGAAGAGUAGAGAAUUAGCAUAGAAACAAUAAGAAUUGAAAAUACAAUAGCAAUAAAUUUUAAGAUAAUUAAAAUAAAAUGAAGAAGAAGAGGAAGAAAAUAAACCUGUAUUGAUAAAAUAUAUUAUAAUAGAUUUCAUGUUAAGACAUAUUCGGUAUUAUGACAUUAAAUACUUUAAAUCUAAAUCAAUUAUAAAAUUAUAAUGAUUAAACAAACAGCUUAGUAUUUAAAUUAAGUAAGAGUUAUACAGUUGAAAUUAAAAGUGAUGAUUCAGAUUAUAUGAGAUAUUUGAAUGAAACUUCAAAUCUAAAAAUGAUUCCUUCCAUUAUACUUACUAGACAUAUCUUUCCAUUUUUGAGUGCUUUAGAAUUAUUUAAAAUUAGAGAAGUAUGUGGAUGGUUUAAAGAUUAGUAAAUAUAAAUAUAAAUAAAUUUAGAGUAAAAAAAGCAUGGCCAAUAGUAUUUAAAAGGGAAAUGUUUGAAUAAUUAUUAGCUCGAGAUUUAGCUAAAAAUAUUUAUACAGUUUUGAGUUUAUAAACUUUAAAAGGGACCCUAUAUUUUAAAGUUUAAAAUUUAAUUGAGGCAAUUAUUCAUGCAAUUUAAUGGGAGAAAGUAGAAGAUGCACUAUAACAAGAAUAAAUGGAUAUUAAUAUCUAUAGACCUUUGAUUGCAUUAUUGGCAUUAUUCAAUAAAUAAUAAGAAAUUGAAUAUCCUCAUUAAAUUGAUGGAACAUUUGAUAUAAAAGAAUUAGCAAAGGAUAUGAAGAAUUAAGUAAUUCAAUAUAUUUAAGCAAACUUCUUACCUUUGAGUUUUAAUCAAAUGAGAAAAAUUAAUGAAAACUUAUUAUCUGCUCCUGAAUUUAGUGUUGAAUUUUUAGCAUCAAAAGAAGAUAAAUUGCCAUUGUAUCUUACAAUAUUACUUUAAUAAUUGUAUUAUCAUGGUUUGAUACAUUAAACAUUCAUAAUUGAUAGUUUUUAGUUAGAUAAAUGGAAGAUGUAUUUAUUAUAAUAAACAGUUUAGAGAAUAAGAAUUAUUAGGUAAAAGAUAAAGUUAUAACCAAAACUUUUUAGAAGGUGCUUAUAAAAAAUUAUUGUUACGAACAUAUUAGGAUGAUGGUGAAGACGAUUAAUCCUUAGAGAAUCUAAACUCAGAUAUAAAUGAAGUAUCAUUAAUAAAAUAUUCUUUAGGCAUAAUAAUUUUUACGUGCCUUGACCAAUUUAACACCAACUGAAAAUCCUGAACCAGAUAUUGUUAUUAGAAGAAAUAAAACAGUCACAAAGAUUUUCAUAGAUAUACAUACUAAAAUGGAUAUUUUAGUUUAGACUAUCGAAUAAUAUAGAAAUUAAAGUUUAUAAUAGGAGGCCAAUAUAUAAAAAGAGUAAUAGGAUUAAUCUGUUUAAAUUUAAACAGAUAGUCUUUAGUAAUAAGGAGAAACUGAAAAAGAAGUUUAAACAGAAAAUCAAGAAGAAAUAAAUGAAAAAAAUAAUAAUUAAUAAGAAGGAUUUGAAAUCUAAUAAGUUUAACAAUCAGAAGAAGAUCAAUAAAAAAAGUUAAUAGAGGAAGAGAAUCUUAAUUAGCCUAAAGAGUGAAGA